GAAGAAGAAGAAGAAGAAGAAGAAGAAGACGUGCGGCUACACUUCAAUCACAGGUGGCAGAUUUGACAGGAGAGGCGCGAAUAAAUGGCUGUCAUGACCUCAUUGUAUAGUGGACAAGGCAGAAGAUGUCUGAGAAACUGAGGUAAAAAUUUGAGGACAACCGGGCUAAUUAAUGUAAUAAAAAGAAAUGGGACAUUGGCGAAGACCAAAGACAGAAGGUGGCAGUAGCGCAACAUGAAGGAUGCCGACUGCUAUAAAACCCCAAAGAGAAAGACGAAGAAGACUGAGUUAUUUUUCUGGCGGGCCAAUUCAAAGCAGAAACAAGAUGGAGUUAAUGUCAGCGUUGCAGUGUUUGAAGUUAAAUGAAAUCCCAGAAGACUGGGUGGACGCAGUUUGGGACUCAGAUUUCACUGAGAGAAAACCACUGGAUGACACCAUAGAAGAAGAACUUGUAGUCAGUGGGGACAAGGCCUUCCGAAAACUGUGCCAGUGUUUACUGGUCCCUGAUGCUAACCAACAGUGGUCUGCAGGCAGAGAUGGCGCUGUAGAGAGUAUCUGGGCAAUUCUAGGGGAGAAUGGGGUGUCGGUCAAGUCUCUGGUGGCUGUGCUGUCCUUGUUUGUCUUGGCAGGAAAAGCCAAAACAGCUACUGUACAGCAGAGGGUGAACAGUCUGCAUGCCGCCUCAGUCUACCUGCUGCUGCUGGGAAUCCCAGGGAGCAUCGCCAACAGGGUUUUCCAUGAGGUUUUGUUUGACACAUGUUCAGAUUUGGCCUCUCACUGCUGGCCUUGGGACUCUGGAAAGAAGCGCAAGAAACACAGCCUAAAGAGUUCUCUGGCAGAGGGCAAACGCUCCAAACCACAGCGGAAAGAAAUGCUAGAGAUGGAAGUGGAUGAUGAAGAAGAAGAGGAGGAAGAGGAACUUCAUUUCUCUGUUCAGGACUUGAUGAAGAUCAAAGAUGCUGUGGUCCUUCUGAUCCAAAGCCUCCUCAGACUCCUGCAAACAUUUCCCCUAAAAGACAGACGACAGAACAUCAGCAGCUGCAUACAGGUCUUGACUAAACUGCUUUACUUUGAGCCAGUCAUUGGAGAGCUAACCUUUGCUCCUGUACAAGAUACCAACAAGCUCAGGAGUGUCCCUGAGAUGGCUUUCUACGGACUGGAACUGCUCUGCUCACCAAAACACGGAGACCAGAAAGAAUCCCUGGGGAUGGUUUUCCGCCAGCUUCUCUACGUGAUCCUGAUGAUGAAUAAAGGCAGCAGAGGGAAGCCCUCCCUCCUCAUGCUCAGUCAGCCUAUCCUCACCACUCGUGACCAGGCCAUUCAAUUUGUUUGUCAUCUUAUGGAUGAGCUGAAGGAGCACGCACUGCCUUUUCUGAAGAUCCUCGUGCAGCAUAUUUGCAUCCAGAUGGUGGAGAAGAGUGAGUUUCGAAUCCAUGGAGCCCAGGCUGUCGGUAUGCUGACGUCUCAGAUGACAACCACAGAUUAUGCUUGCUUCAUCAAAUGGCUGUUUAAUUUUUCCAGACACUCAAAGAUGGUGUGGCGGCUGUUCUCUGUGGACGUGGUGAUGGUUUUCCUGGAGUAGCCAGAGCGGGGAGGCCAGAGGAGUGUCGACCCCGAGCUUGCCUGCUUCCUGCCACACAAGUUCCUGAUUCAGAGCCUGCUGUUUGCUCGACAGAUGGAUGAAUCACCUACCGUCAAGGGCCACGCCCUUGCCUGUCUGGCCCAGUGUCUGGAGCUGCCAUUAGUCAAUGUCACUCAGGCUGUCCACAGCCUCUUCUCUGCUGGAACCCAAACAGUGUUGGAGGAUGAGAUCACAGAAGGAAGUCUCAGUUCCCAGCAGACUCAGAAAACCUACCGCACUUUGACAUUUAGGAGUGUGGAGUUGAGCAGCACUAAUGGCUCCAGUUGUGAAAUAAAAGAGAACCUGACUCUUCUCUUGCGGCGUCUAAAAGACUCAAAGACAAACGUUAGGAGAUCGGCACUCCAGGCCCUGGUGGGUCUCCUCAAACACAAUGUGAUCCCCAUUAGCUGCGACAACUUGGCUGUCCUGUCAGAGUGCUGCAGAGAUCCUGCUGUGUCUGUGAGGAAGAAGGCCCUGCAGUGUGUUGGAGAGCUGCUCUUUGCUAAACCAGAGUGUAAUGUGGUGCAGAAGACAUGGCUGCAGGGUGUGGUUCCAGCUGUGGUGGACUCUGAGAGCACAGUGCAGGACAAGGCCCUGGAGGCUCUGGGCCAGGUGCUGCUCAACCAGGUCAAGCCGUACUCUGCCACCUUCCACAUCGAUGCCAGUCAGAGACUGGCAUGGGACCUGUUGGGAAUGCUCUGUCAUGAGUGCCGGAGUGUGAGCCGAUAUUUUAGUAGAGCCUUCACCAUCUGGUCCAACCAGAAGAAUUUCACACAGACAUUCAUAACCAACCUGAUUUCACACACGGAGACUGAUCAUGCUGCUGGAGCCUGGCUGCUUCUUUCCAGGGCUGUCACUUCGUCCCCCAAGCUGCCCCUCAGCAAGAUUCUGGAUGCCUGGGACACCAUGGUCAAUUCAAAGGACAUAAGUGUGACAACCUGCUGUCACAUCCUGUGUGUGAUGGGGGAUAUCGCCACACAUUUGAACAAGGAUACCAAAGACAGGAUAGUUGAUGAUCUGAUAUCUAGGUUGAAGACUUUUACUUUGUCACUGGAGGUGAUCAGUGCUGCUGUGGACACUCUUUAUCAACUUGGCCACAGUGAAGACAUCAAACAAACUCAGGCUUUUUUGAACCAGCACUGUGGUGAGCUGGUGUCAGCCUGUGAGGCUUAUUUAGCCACUACCAUCCUGAGUGAAAAGGGAACCCAGAACCUCAAUGAAGAGCUGAUGAUAAAACACCUCCACACUCUGGGUGUAGUGUCACUUCAUUGUCCUACCAAGGUUGGCAAAAGGACGGUACUGCUGGUGGAAUCUGUCCUCACAACACAUUCUAACAAACUGGCAGACUGCCAGGAGGAGCUUCCAGCCUCAAUACCUCUAUCCCAGUUCAGACCAAAUUCUCUGCCUUCCAGAGUCAGAGCCCAUGGGGUCAUCACUUUAGGUAAACUGUGUCUGCAGCAUGAUAAACUAGUCCAGAAGUACUUGCCAGUUUUUGCUAGGGAGCUGGAGGUGAGCACGGAAGUUGCUGUUCGCAGCAGUGUGGUGGUGGUUAUGUGUGAUCUGUGUGUUCGAUACACCAACAUCGUGGAUCACUACAUCCCCAACAUCUCCGCCUGUUUACAAGACAGUGAAGCUGUCAUCAGAGAGCAGACUCUUAUCAUGCUGACCAACCUUAUCCAGGAGGAAUUUGUAAAAUGGAAGGGCUCUCUCUUUUUUCGCUUUGUGGUGUCACUGGUAGACCCAGACCCUGCAAUUGCAAGUCUGUGUGAAUACUGCCUGCUCCACUUGCUGCUGAAGAAGAACACAGAAAUAUUCAGCCAGCACUUCAUUGAGUGCAUCUUCCACUUCAACUCCUACAGCAAACACAAGACCUACAACAAGUUCCCUCAAAGCGAGAGGGAAAAGGUUCGGUUCUCCCUGAAAGGUUCUCAGCACUGUGAGAAGCGUUUUCGGAUCUACCGCUUCAUGUUGGAGUACCUCACAGAUGCCCAGCGCUUUGUUCUUACACACAAGAUCAAUCAGAAUGUCUUAGCAUGUUUUGCGGAUGAGGAGUUACUUCUGGAUGCAGAUGGUGCUGAACUUUUGUCAGAGACCUUCAGUAUCUUGAGUCUUAAGGAGAUGAAGCUGCAGGCCGUAUGUGCUCCAUCAGGAGGCACAGCAGGGGAGGAACCAGAGGAGGAGAACAUGGCCACCAUGGCUAAGGCUGUCCUGCAGGCUGCACAGAAGAAGGUUGUGUCUGAGGUCCAGAAGAAGGCUUUCAUAGAGAACACAGUUCCUCUCAUCAUCAGCCUGAAGAGCCUGCUAGAGCGGAAUCGCUCUCCUGUCCUAGGAGAUCUUAUGGCCUACCUCCAGGUGACAAUGCAGGACUACCGUAAUGAAGUGAAGGAGUUUUUCUCAGGAGAUGCACAGCUGGCAGCUGAGGUGGAGUUUGCUCUGAAGACGGCUGAGAAAGACGGAGAGAUGAGGGAACAGAUGGACAACCACAGCCUGACAGGAGAUGCCAAGACUACAACUGCACAGGGUUCAGUUCAGGUAUCUGUGAAGUCCAGGCCCUUUCUUCCAUUUAGCUUUGCAACCCCGCAGCCACCACAUCCAAAUCGCCUAUCUCCUAGACCGCCGCACACUGAUGGGCUGGUGCACAGAUCCAGGCAGGAGGAAUGUAUCCAGUCUAACUCGCUUGCUCUGGAAGGAACAGAGAUGCCUAAAGGAGCUGUAAAUGACAGAGCCAUCAGCACACCAAAAGGUGUCAGUGUUAACCUAACUUUUGAUGGGGGAGUCAGUGCCAUCUUCACUGACCGAGGAACAAGUUUUGUCAGUGAAACCAGUGUUCUUCACAUGCGGUCAAACGAGCAUCAAACUUGUGGACUGAGGCAAUGGAAUGUGCAGUCUCCUCUCCGCCAGAAGAAAAACUUUUCUGAAGUUUAGACAUGCAGCUUUAUUUUUGUUUCCCUUUUGGCAGUACAACAACUACAAAUCUUAGCAGUUCUUGUAUCUUGCUUUUCAGCUACAAUUUGUUGAUUGCAUUUUUAUCUUUAAUCAUAUCUGUUACCAUGCAUCUUUUAAGUAAUAAAUGUGUCCUUGGCUUAA